GUCUCACUCUUAGAUUUUUCAAUUAUUUAAAUGUGAAUUAAAGCGCCAACAAACACACCUCAGAAAUGGCAGCCAGGAUGCAAAUUUCAGCCUGUCCUUUGUUUGAAAAUGGUGGUUUGUUAUUAAUCCGGUUUCACAUAUUUGUAGAAUCUGUUUAGCAUUAGAGCUUUACAGUAAUGAGCAGGUAGCUAACAUUGUUUAACUCUUUUUUUUUCCUUUAAAGAAUGGUUCCAGCUUCCAUGUUUUUGAUCAGAGUCGGUUUGCCAAGGAGGUGCUGCCUAAGUAUUUCAAACACAACAAUAUGGCCAGCUUUGUGCGACAACUGAACAUGUAUGGCUUUAGGAAAGUGGUGAACAUUGAACAAGGCGGCCUUGUCAAGCCUGAACGUGAUGACACUGAGUUCCAGCACCUUUAUUUCCUACAAGGCCAUGAACACCUCCUUGAGCACAUCAAAAGGAAGGUAUCCAUUGUGAAAAGUGAAGAAACCAAGAUGCGCCAAGAAGACCUUAGCAGAUUACUGUACGAGAUCCAGAUCCUCCGGGGUCAGCAAGAGACAAUGGAGUGUCAGGUGCAGGACAUGAAGCAGCAGAAUGAAGUAUUGUGGAGGGAAGUUGUGUGUCUCAGGCAGAAUCAUUCACAGCAUGAGAAAGUGAUCAACAAGCUGAUUCAGUUUCUCUUCGGCCAGCUCCAAUCCAGCCCCAGCAAUGCUGGAAUAAAGAGAAAGCUACCUCUUAUGCUGGAUGAUGGCAACUCUACUCCACAAAUGACAAAGUUCAGGAAGCAUUUGUCUUUGGAUCCCAUUCAUGACUCCUAUUUCAUCCAGUCGCCAUCUGCAGAACCUGCUUCGUGCUUAAACAGCCCUGCUGUCCCCGGAGGGCCAAUAAUAUCAGAUGUUACUGAAGUGUCACCAUCUAAUGCUGUGGUCAUGCAGCCUACUUCCAACAGGGAGAGGGAAACCUGCCUCCUGCUGGUCAAGGAAGAACCCAUUAGCCCUGGGCAGAAAGCCGCAUCCACAGAUCCUGCUGUCCCCUUGAUUGGCUGUAAUGUCUGCUCAGACCCUCCUGUGUUGCCUGUUGCCAUGGUUCAGUCUGUGUUAGACGGCAGAGGGAGCUGCGAUGUGCCACAGCCAGCAAGUUUGCAGACACUUGACAGAAGAGGCAGAAGGGCACCUCUAGACAGAGCAGAAAUCUCUGAUCCUUUAGAUGGUGCUGAUUUGAAUCUGGAAGGCCUUCAGAUCCUACUGAGAAACCAGCAGUAUAAUCUCGAAGCUGCCAGUCCUUUGGAUGUUUUCAACCCCACUAUAUCUGCAAGUGAAUGGAAUUUGAAUGAUGUGGAGGCCAAUUUGUCCUCGUUUGUGUUUUUGCAUCAGGACACAGAUGCCAACUGUGGAUCUGGAGAAGAAUGCAAAUAAGAGGUCCUCCCGAGUGUUAAAUCCCCAAAUUAAUGCCUCUUGCUCAGGGAGAGAUGUCAUUCUGGAAAGCAUCUGUCUGCACUUUUGGAGGAGCAACACUAUGAAUGUUCAUCUUUUUACACUGGGUCUAGAACAGCACCUUCCUUCUUUCCUGCUGUGGACUUUAAAAUCCCCAUCUCAGUUACAUCCCAUUGAACCUGCUCUCCCAGAAUGAGAAUGAUGAGUGAUCUUUUGCUUAGCUUAAACUAUUUAUGCCUUCCCUCCCCCCCUGGGGGGGGGACAUCUAGCAGCCUGAAUGUAAAGAAGUGGAAGUCAGUCACUCAUAACAGAUACACAAAUGUGAUGCAGUCAUUUUUGUUUCUCUGUCAAAGGUUGUGAGUGACAGUUAGCUGUCAAAGGGAUUAUCUGUCUGUUUUUAAAACUCCCAUCAUGCUACAAAUGAAGCUUUUAUUUCCAAACUGCUACUGACAAUCAGUGAGGAGGUGAUC